AUGAUGGAGAAAACACAGAGGAUGAAGUUGAAGUUAGAUGGAUCAAUGACCAAAUUGAAAAUGAUGCAGAACAGCUUUUUCAAAAGCUUAAAGCAUUAGAAGAUCAAAAAAAGAAUGGACAAACAAUUUACCAAAUGUUAUCAAUUCGUGAUUAUGUUAGUUAUCGUAAUAAUCCUAAAUGUAAUUCUAAUGACAGCUCUAAUGAUAAUUUUUAUAGUGAUUCUUAUAAUAGUUCUGGUGGUGAUUCUGAUGGUGGUUCUUAUAAUAGUUCUGGUGGUGAUUUUGAUGGUGAUUUCGGUAUUCCUAGUAACAGUUAUGAUG